AUGCCAUUCUGUGAACUUCGUUUACCAAUCGACUCAAAAACACCGUUAGAAACCAUAUCAAAAUUGAUUAUUUCUUGUUUUGAUCUUGGUUAUGAUCGUAUUGUGUUUUGUCAAACUGAACAUUUGAAAACAACAGCAUCGAAAAAAAAUAAAAAUAAAAAACGUAAAUUAGAUAAUAAUGAUGAUGAUGAUGCUGGUGGCGGCGGUGGUGGUGGUAGUGCCGAGAGUACUGGUGGAUGGAUUUGUCCUAAACUUAUCAAAAUUCAAUUGCCCGAUUUAGUUUUGCAACGCUGUAAACAAACAAAACGUGAAUUCAAAAUAUUAUCUCGUCUAAAUGUUAUUGUGUACGAUAAUCAAAGUCUACAUUUUUUAAAACGAAAUGAUGUUCAACAGUUUGAUCUAUUAUCAUUACAACCGAUUAAUCGUGAUAUUCUUUUAUAUUUACUUAAUUCACCAACAAUACAAUUCGAAAUAUUAAGUUUAGAUACAACAGAUCCAAAUUUAUUACCAUUUCCCAGUAGAGUUAUUCGAGCAACAGCAGAUAAAGGUGUAACAUAUGAAUUAUGUUAUAGUGGAGCGUUAAAAGAUCCAUUUGAAAGACGAUAUUUUAUGGCAUUUGGAAGACAUUUAUCUAAUAUAUUGCAUGGUAAAUCGUUAAUAUUUAGUUCAAAUGCUACAAAUCCAAUACAAUUACGUUCACCACAUGAUAUGAUGGAAAUUGGACAAUUAUUUGGACUUUCAGAUGAGAAAUCAAGAUGUAUUAUAAAUGAAAAUCCAAUAGAUGUAUUAACAAGAUCGUUUAAUCGUCGAAAAACGGCAAACGGUUUGAUUUGGAUGGAGCCUGUUCAAGCAUCAACUUUAUCCCUGACUACUGAAUCAUUUACAUCUUCUACACUAUUAUUGUCAUCUACAUCAAAUACAAUUGUAUAA